AUGGUUCCGAUUGCCCGUCCGCGCGUCGCCCACACGACCGAAAGAAAUAGGAUCGCGGCGACCACGGGACCAACGUUCACACAAACCAACACCACUCCGCGCCGUUCACGAAUGCCCACCACGCUUCCACUCCACGUCCGCCCACGCUCCCUCUCUUCCCGUCGCCCACGCUCCCUCCCUUCCCGUCACCCACGCUCCGUCCCUUCCCGUCGCCCACGCUCCCUCCCUUCCCGUCGCCCACGCUCCCUCCCUUCCCGUCGCCCACGCUCCCUCCCUUCCCGUCGCCCACGCUCCCUCCCUUCCCGUCGCCCACGCUCCCUCCCUUCCCGUCGCCCACGCUCCCUCCCUUCCCGUCGCCCACGCUCCCUCCCUUCCCGUCGCCCACGCUCCCUCCCCCUUCCCGUCGCCCACGCUCCCUCCCUUCCCGUCGCCCACGCUCCCUCCCUUCCCGUCGCCCACGCUCCCUCCCUUCCCGUCGCCCACGCUCCCUCCCUUCCCGUCGCUCACGCUCCCUCCCUUCCCGUCGCCCACGCUCCCUCCCUUCCCGUCGCCCACGCUCCCUCCCUUCCCGUCGCCCACGCUCCCUCCCUUCCCGUCGCCCACGCUCCCUCCCUUCCCGUCGCCCACGCUCCCUCCCUUCCCGUCGCCCACGCUCCAUCCCUUCCCGUCGCCCACGCUCCCUCCCUUCCCGUCGCCCACGCUCCCUCCCUUCCCGUCGCCCACGCUCCCUCCCUUCCCGUCGCCCACGCUCCCUCCCUUCCCGUCGCCCACGCUCCCUCCCUUCCCGUCGCCCACGCUCCCUCCCUUCCCGUCGCCCACGCUCCCUCCCUUCCCGUCGCCCACGCUCCCUCCCUUCCCGUCGCCCACGCUCCCUCCCUUCCCGUCGCCCACGCUCCCUCCCUUCUCGUCGCCCAUGCUCCCUCCCUUCAUUCAUCCAUCCCUCCAUUUAUCCAUCCCUCCAUUCAUCCAUCCCUCCAUUCAUCCAUCCCUCCCUUCAUCCAUCCCUCCAUUCAUCCAUCCCUCCCUUCAUCCAUCCCUCCUUUCAUCCAUCCCUCCCUUUAUCCAUCCCUCCCUUCAUCCAUCCCUCCAUUCAUCCAUCCCUCCCUUCAUUCAUCCCUCCAUUUGUGA